AUGUCCUCUCAACGUUACUUAGACGUUGCAAACACUGCUCGCCCGGACAGCCAAAGCUCCGCUGAGCUCUCAAUUUACAGCGACACCCCACCCACAGCUCCAUCCUCACGCCUUUUCCAUGUAUAUCAUCGGCGACGUAAGCUCGAUUUUGCCAUCUCAACUGCCGAAAAAAACCCCCUCGCCUACGUGCGGUGUUCAACAUUUACCAUUGGCAAACCAGACCUAACAUACCACGCCGGCGAAACCGAGGAUGCCCCGAUCACAGCUGUGUGCAAAUUCAUCAAUUUCUCUCGACACUGUAAAGUGGGACUCGGUAAUCCGGAUGAUCCCAACAUCGCCUGGGAGGAUUUGACACGCCAUAAACUCACGACGCAUUAUCGGUUCGAGAUUACACUGGAUACUGGUGAGCGGAGGGCUUUUAUUUGGAAGCGAACCAAUACCGUUGGGAUUGGAGAGGAGAAGCCAUCUAAAAUCAGCUCAAAGAAUUUUAAGCUUCAGGAUGAACAGACUGAAGAGCUCGUCGCUGUUUACCUGAACAAUGGGAUGAAAAGCCGGAAGAAGUCUGGCAAGUUCCAGAUUAAUGUGGAUUAUGGGGCUGUUUUUGAUACUAUGGUAAUUAUUACCGGGUUGGGGCUUUUAGAGAAAGAGAGGCGCCGGGCGAGAAGUCAAGAAGGGGCCGCUGGCGGUGGUUAA